AAGGGCCUGAGGUGAUUUCUACCCCCAAGUGUGCAUUCUCUAGGGGACUCUGGCAGUUUGUUUUUAGAAAUCAACACUAUCUUUUGUGAUUUCUGUAUGCCCUCAGAGGUGCUUUCCUAUCAUUUUCAGUGGACGUGUCAGCUUCUGAGCUAGUGCAGAAAACACAGUAUACAUCAUGACUGAUGCCAACAUUACCAUCUUCCAUCCUGCUGCUUUUGUCCUACUUGGCAUCCCUGGGUUGGAGGCAUAUCACGCGUGGUUGUCUGUACCCCUUUGCUUCAUGUAUGUCACCGCAGUCCUGGGGAACAGCAUCCUGAUAGUGGUCAUCGUCACAGAGCGGGGCCUUCAUGAGCCCAUGUAUUUCUUCCUCUCCAUGUUGGCCAUCACAGACAUCUUCUUAUCUACCACCACUGUGCCCAAGGCCCUGGCCAUCUUUUGGCUCCAUGCUCACGAUAUUACCUUUGAUGCCUGUGUCACUCAAGUGUUCUUUGUGCACACGAUGUUUGUGGGGGAGUCAGCUAUCCUGUUAGCCAUGGCCUUUGACCGAUUUGUGGCCAUCUGUGCCCCACUGAGAUACACAGCGGUGUUAACAUGGCCGGUGGUCCGAAGAAUUGCUCUAGCCAUUGUCAUCCGAAGCUUCUGUAUCAUCUUCCCAGUGAUCUUCUUGCUGAAGAGGCUGCCGUUCUGUCGAACCAACAUCGUCCCCCAUUCGUACUGUGAGCAUAUUGGAGUGGCUCGUUUAGCCUGCGCUGACAUCACUGUUAAUAUCUGGUAUGGCUUCUCAGUGCCCAUUGUCAUGGUCAUCUUGGAUGUGAUCCUCAUCACUGGGUCUUACUCAUUGAUUCUCCGGGCAGUGUUUCGUUUGCCUUCCCAGGAUGCUCGGCACAAGGCCCUCAGCACUUGUGGGUCCCACCUCUGUGUCAUCCUCAUGUUUUAUGUUCCUUCCUUCUUUACCUUACUGACACACCGCUUUGGGCGUAACAUUCCUCGACAUGUCCACAUCCUCCUGGCCAAUCUUUAUGUGGUGGUGCCCCCGAUGCUCAACCCCAUUGUCUAUGGUGUGAAGACAAAGCAGAUCCAGGAGGGGGUGGCCCACUGGUUCUUUGAUAUCAAGACUUGGUGUCGCUCCUCUGCCCUGGGCUGAUGGUCCCCAGGAGUCUUCAUGCCCAGCGUCAUCAAGGAAGGCAGAUUUCCUAGACUUAGAUGCAUUUCCUUUCCUUCUUUGUCUUCUAUCUCUUU